AUGGUUGUUAAAACGGUGUCAUUGUAUAAAUAUUUUUCUUGGUAUUUAGCAAAGAAUCAAGCUCAGUCAAUACUAUCUCGAAUUCCAUCGAUAGUAACGGUAGCUAUUGAGGUUAUUGGUCCACAUUUGAUACUCAAGAUCAAGGCAAUACGUUUAGUAGAUUGCGGUUCCGUGCCGUUCUGCUGUCAGGGGUGUCGGCGAUCGUGUGUCAAUAAUGGGCUGGAUCAGCUGAUCCGGGCUGCGUCAGCUACAUGUGAUGCCUUGCCUCUGGAGAUGCUAUUCAACUGGCCUUCCAUUCCCGAUUUAGAGAUAAUGGAGUACUCGCGAGAGGGCAAGAGAACUUACAAAUUGAGUAAGGCUCACGUUAUUCUCCGCUACAGAAUGCCUCAAACUCUCAUCUUCUACAUCCCAGGCUGGUGGAAUACGCCAACUGACGAGUCUUCACAAACUCUGGCGAAAGCGCUCUUAAAUAAGAACUCUUUAUUCUUAAUCCUGGACACGCGAGUGGUUUUCUGUCGAGGAUAUAUUUCAUCUGCUUCACGUAUUAAAGGCGUCUCCCAAAAGGUUUACAAAUUCUUAAAAAACCUCUACAACGAUAGAUACCCGCUGUCAUCCGUGCACUUAAUUGGCUUUAGUUUAGGUGCCCAUGUUUCUGGAAUGGUCGGAAAGUUCGUGCAGAAUCGUCUAAACCGGAAAAUAGGGAAGAUAACCGCCCUUGAUCCAGCCAGACCAUGUUUCACCCAAACCUCAAAAUAUAGACUUGACAAGCGAGAUGCGAAGUUCGUUCAUGUGAUACACACCAGUGCUGGAGUGUUGGGACUGGAGCAGCCUAUUGGUCAUACUGAUGUUUACGUGAAUGGUGUGUCAGCUCCUCAACCUGAGUGUAGAGAAAAAGCGGUUAGUUUGGAAUGUGACCACGCUCAGGCUUGGAGGCUCUUCUCCGCCUCUGUGAUGAAUGAGCGAGCGCUGGUUGGGAGAAAAUGCAAGAGUUGGAAUGAACUGAGCAGCGAUCGAUGUAGUGGAAACGAUACUUUAGUAGGAUAUGGAUGUAACGUAGAUUUGCGUGGCAUGUUCUUGUACAAGUCGCAGGAAAUAAGUCGGAGGAUAAAUGUGUUCAAUCCUUUUGAUAUAAAAACUUGGUGGACUAGCUAACAGGAGUUAUAUUUAGUGAAUAAAAAUAAAUAAACUGUUUACUUUUUAGUAAUUAUUUAAGUUCUUAACUCUCUUUUUUAGUGAUACCAGCUUAAGUUUUUCAAAGAAUUUUUAGAUAAAAAUAAGAAUUAAAAGUAUUUUAUAUCA